AUGUUCCUCGGCGAUGCGAACGAUACGAAUAUCGUCCUGACCGCUGCCAAGGCGUGGGCUGGAGAAAUUGAGAGAUAUGGCUGGCCCGAUUUCCCGGAGUUCACCAAAGAAACCCAUGAUCGAGGGGUCAAGCACGCACCGCAGAUGAUCUGGGGCAGAACGAAAAAGAUUGGUUGUGGACUGGCGAGUUGUGCCAAUAAAACAAAACUGAUGUUCGUCUGCCACUACGAUCCCGCCGGCAACUGGCUGAACGGGGACGCCUAUACAAAAAUAACAAAGCUCGCCGGUAAAUGUUCGAAGUGCCCGGAAAUGGCGGUUAGAGAAUGUCAUGACAAACUGACGUCGCUAUGCCCAACUCUUGAGGCUGAUGUCACAUGGUGCGGACCUAAUUCA